AUGGAACACAAGCAUGGAAUUAGACCAAUGGUCAUACAUUAUGGUGCCAUGGUUGAUAUCUUGUGUCGUGCUGAGCAUCUUAAAGAGGCUUAUAACUUUAUAGUAAAUGUUCCUUUCCAGCUUGAUCCCUUUUUGUGGAGGACAUUGCUCAGUGCACGUAGUAUUCACAAUGUUAGUGACAAUGAUGGGUUAGUAGAUAAGGUAAGAAAGAAGUUGCUUGAACUACAGCCCAGGAGGAUUGGGAACUUUGUGAUGGUUGUAAACAUGUAUGCUGAUGCUAGGAUGUGGGAAAAGGCAGCAAAUGUGUGGAGGACUAUGAGAGACGGUGGUUUGAAGAAGAUGGGUGAGGAGAGUUGCAUUGCAUUAGAGGGGGAAUCCAUCAGUUCUUUUCUGGCUGUUGCUCACAAGAUGAUCCAUAAACAUGGAAGUACGAUAGAAGCUGUCAUACUUAAGAAGGCUCCGACCAGCGACAUAAGAUCACCAAAGAAAGGGAGAGAGAGAGAGGGCUACAUUGAUAUUGCUGAUCACAAAAGCAGUACUGAUGAAGAGGCUAAAUGGCCUUUUAUUGCGGUUCAGUGGAAACCAACAUUUCGUAACAUUCACUAUUGGAGUAACCAUCAGCGCGUAUUUGGCUAUUGGAUUGACCAGCGUUGUGUAUAUUGCCAGUCUUGA